UACGGACACUGGCCAAAUUUGCUAAAGAAGAAAAAAAGAAGCGUAGUAAUUAUCUAAUUUUACAACAAAUAUGCCGCGCGACUACGACAGAGACUACAAUGAGGACACCACCGAUUACAAGAGAAAGCGGCGCGAGGAGGAAUCGACGGUGACCGGCGUUUCAGGCGCUUCAGCACCCGAGGUGGAGCACACAACUAGCCACGCCCACGCGCCCCUACACGAUACCCCAUUGAAUGAAAAAGCCAAUUCAUAUCUGCAGGAAUGUUUAAUGGAGAAGAAAAGCCUAGAGAAGAAGCACGUAAUUACGAAACGACUGCUGGACGACGAGGUGGAAAAAAUCUUAGUGAGUGGCCGCAUUCCCAAGCCGGAAAUCUACGCGAACGUGUACAGCGAGAAGCCCAUACGUGUGGCACAGAAGGUUCUGUUCCCCAUCAAGGAAUAUCCGAAGUUUAAUUUUGUGGGCAAAAUACUUGGCCCCAAAGGCAAUACGUUGCGCCAAUUGCAGGAGGAAACGAUGUGCAAGAUGGUGGUUAUGGGUCGCAAUUCCAUGCGAGAUCACGGCAAGGAGGAGGAGUUACGCAGCUCCGGCAAUCCCAAAUAUGCACAUCUCAGCCGGGACUUGCACGUGGAAAUAUCGACAGUAGCACCACCGGCCGAGGCGUAUCAUCGUCUGGGCUAUGCGCUGGGCGAGAUACGCAAGUUCAUGAUACCCGAUGCCAAUGAUGAUAUACGUUUGGAGCAAUUGCGUGAAAUGGAUGGCAAGGAGCGCAUGUAUAAGAAAUCCCAUCAUUAUUCCAAAUCUUAUGGCGAACAUGGCGCCUACAGCACCCGCACUCCCCCGCCAACAUCCUCAAAACCCAAAGUAUAUUCGAUAUUGGAGAAAGCGCGCUAUGUUAUGGACGACCCCAAUUAUGGCAUUGUAAAAACCCAUAGUAGAUCACGGGACCAUGAACUGUACGAUCAUCAUGGGGAAUACGAUCGGUACGCCACUCCGCCGCCACCAACGUCCAAACAUUCGAGUGGCCAUCAUGCCCAGUAUGAUAGCUCGUACGAGCGGGACUAUCGCCGGGAAUAUCAUCCGCAUUCGUCCUCGUCCUCCUAUGCGGCGGCCUACGCAGCCAAACCAAGCAACGGUCGUUCCUCAUCGUCAUAUAGACCCACAACAUCGGGCUCGGGAUCCCAUUCAUCGGCACAUUACGAAACUGGAUCACGUUCUCGUGAAAGCGUGCGUUAUCGCUCGGCUCCAUAUCCAAAAAUGCGUUAAACAAAUACAAUACAACAACAACAACAACAACAAACUACAACAAUCUAAAAAUAAGGCAGUUAGUACCCAACAUUUAAAUUAAAUUAAUCUAAUAUAUAUACUUUAUAAUAAUAAUAAUAAAAGGAAAGCAAAAUUCUACAUAUAUGCCGUUAUGUUUCAAGAGUCAAUAAUCCAACCAAUAUAAUGAUAAUACAAGUACAUACAUACUACCUUAAAAUACUUAUCCAUACACUUACCCAUACCGACCAUAACAAACAAACAAAAAACAAAACAAAAAAUCGCAAAACAAAAGAAAUGCAAACCCAUAUUUUAGUAAUUGUUGUUAAAUUUUCGAUAUGUGUUAACCAAAAAAGAAAAGAAAAAAUAUAUAAAUCUAAACCAACAAGCAACUCCAAACGAAUUGUAAAAAUGCAACCAAAUUCAAUUAUAUAAAUAGUUAGUCAAGGAGACAACCAACCCAUUUAUACACUUGUAUCUCCAUCCAUCCAUCUCCAUCCGAUCCAUCCAACCAGAAAACAAAAACCAAAUCCAAACCCAAUCACUAAAUUAGCACAAGUUCUUUGAGUUAUUUUUCGAAAUACAAUUAAGAAAAUAUCACUGAGAAACACCCAACGAGACAAAGUAAGUAUACAAAAAAAAAAAUAAAUAAACGGCUUCAAUCCAAUCAAAGCAAACCCAGAUUUCAAAACAACAACAAGAACAAGCGAAGAACAACAAAUUUCCGGCUUCUCCAAUAUAUUCAAAGCGUUCAACGUUCAAUAAUGAUCAUUAAUUUUUUUGUUUGUUAUAUUAUUAACGGUGUAAAACAACAGCAACAAGAACAACAACAACAAUUGUCUAAUAUACCUAUACAAUAUAUAU